CGUUCACAGCAACGAUUUUUGACAACAUUUACGUUAACACUAUCUUAAUUUUUCACCAUGUAUCGAAAGGAAAAGCCACUGCCAAUGAAAAGCAGCGCAUCCAUGAUUUGUAAUAACUUAACCAUAUUAAACAAUGCUGAAAAGGGUUUCCUAAAUUAUGCCGUUAUUCACAAAUAUCUCAUCAACAUGAUUUGUACAUCUACUGACGGUUCGCAAGUGACCCACAGACAGGUGCUUUUUAAGGAACCAUCGGCUACUCAACAAGGCACUGCUAUGAUCAUGCAGACGAAAUGGGUGACACUGAGGAAUGGAAGAGCUCUUCUUGUUCUCACUUCUCUUAAAGGAAUUCAGGUAUUCGAGUAUGAUGGAUCUGCUAUGGUGUACUGGCAUGCUCUUGGGGAUUCAAACGCUGAUGUGUCAGACCAGACAAACUUUGGGCGAGGGAUUGCAGCUGUUGGAGAAAACUACCUCUGUAUUGGGACACAGCAAGGGCAGAUUCUAGUGUUUGAUGUCCCUCCUAAGGGUACCAAUGUUUCACUGGUCAACACACUUCAAGGUCAUAACGUUGCGGUAUGUGACUUGGUUGGUGACGGUGAUUCACUGGUCAGUAGUGAUGAAGAUGGCAACAUUGUAAUCUGGAAAUGCCAAGGCUCCUCCCUGUCUCAGUCUGGCAAGAUAGAUGGGAAGGGUGAGAGUUGCUGUAGCCUGGCAAUAUGGAAGGGUAUUCUCGUGGCGGCUUUUGGCAAUGGACAGAUUGGUGUGUACGACCUUGCUACAGGAAGACUUGGAGCUAUGGUGGACGCACACGCCAGAUGGAUCAACGCCAUAGAUAUUGCUAAGGAUUCUGGACUGUGUGUUUCUGCCAGCCAGGACUCUUAUGUGAGAGUUUGGCAGCUCAUCCCCGGAUCUUCACCAUCUAUCGAGUUUAAGUUUGGGGACACAGUACCUGACCAACAACUGGUAGGGGCCAAGUUUAUACACGAAGGAGGCCGAGGAUUUUGUAUAACUGGAUAUGAUUGUUCGGACAUCUCCUUCUUUGUGCAAUAGCCUUAAGGCUUCGUGUAGGAGUUUAGUUUAUUGUAAUCUCAUAAAACAGUUCAGUAAAGUCAUGCCUUAUGUUAACUGGAGUGAUAGAUUUAUGUUUUCCUAAUUAUUGUAUACUGGGUUAUUGAUCAGUAUUGUGGUCUAUGUGUUGUUAGAAUGUAACAUUUCGUUUCUGUUAUUCCUAGGCCACAGAAAACAAUUGUAAAGGUUAUAAAUGAAUAAAAAAGAUCAGUGAGGCAGAUGGCAAGAAUUUUUUUAUACAUUUAUAUUCUGGCAUGACUCUCUCAGAUUUCUUCUGAUUCCCGGUUAUAAGGUUUAAUUAUUAUACAAUUAAAAAAAAUAAUCCUGUUUUCUCUGGCCUUUCUCGCACAAGAUUCUGACCAUUUCAAUUGUCUCAAUUUCAAUUUUCUUACUUUAUUUGUUAUUUAUUUGUUAAUUGAUAUUCUUUGCCAUUUGACUGCGAUUCCAUUUGAUCAUAUUUUGUAUAAUGUUAGUUAUGGCUAUUUAAUGCUUCGUAUUGAGUACUAAGAUAAUUGAAUUGUGGCUUUUAAUUGUAUUUACAUUCCUGUUUGGGGACCUCCAAGUGGUUUAUGUUGUAGGCUGAUUGUGGACUUCUUCUUGUAACUGUAUUUAAGGGUAACUUAAUGAAGUUAUUUAUCUUUGAUAUACUCUAUCUCACCUGAGCACAAAGUGCUCAAGCUGAGCUAUUAUAAUUUUCUGUAGAAACAUGUGAAAAUUUCAUGAAUUGCAUUGGCUAUAUAGAUAUCAAAGAUAAUUGGUCUAAUAUCUAUCCUUUUCUAGUGGUCCUCUUCCUAGCUUGUUCAAAUGGUGACACUUUGAAGAAAUCUGGCCCGACCUAUGGACCACUUGUUGUAUAUGGAUUAAGUAGACUUACAGAGGAAAAGGUUGAACAUCUUCUUCAAGUAAACCUCAAUAACUGGCGCAAAGAUAUUUUGUAUCUAGUUUUGUCUAGUGGUCCUCUACCUGUAACCUUCAAGUCAAAUCAGGUCUAGCCCUUGGCUGGUACAAAUAAUAAUACUUGUUUUAUAAAGACUUUAACAGAAAAAAGUGUGUUCAAGUUGUACCCCUAGGGUCAAAAGUGAUUCUGCUAAUGGGGUCACAUGUUCGACAUAGUGUAAUAUAAUAAAAAAAUAACAUAUUGUUUCUUAGUCACGAAUGAUUUCAUGUAAUGGAAUGGAACUUCGACUAUGUUUGUAGUUUUGUUAACAUGGUUUUAAAAAAAAUCAGUAAUAACCAUGUGCGUCCUUGACAAUGACCUUUUGACCUCCAUUCUUGGUAAUGAGCAUAGGUACUCAGGGGGGUGUUUGUAUUGAAAUUUGUUAAAAAAAAUAUUUUCAAAUGUUUGUAGCUUUGCAAUAAACUCAUUAUUUCUGAUGUUUCUAUUUCCAGAACUUUAAAGGGAUGUAUUGUAGACUUGCUAAUGAAUUCAUAUUGCAAUAGCCUAUUUUCACAGGUUUCCGAUUUGCAGUACUGCCCGGUGUAUACUGGUACAAAUAAUGAUACACUGUAUUUUAAUUGUAUUUUUUGUGUGCUUCAGUGUAAUCAUUUUACAAAGAGUAUUAAUUAUAAAUUACAUGAAAGUCAGAUAGCAAAUGCAUUAUGAGACAAAAUUUAAGAAAACCUGUUUUUCACAUUUACAAUUAAGAUGGUGUAAAAGUUUCAAUGUAUUUACCUUAGCAGAUAUUAAAAUUGUGAAUUUUAUUAAAAGGAGUGAAGAUUAAGAUACAAACUAAAAUGAUCACGGGUCAGUUUAAGCAUAAUGUUUAUUCUAAACGGUGUUAAUGAUUAAUGAUUUUUUAAACCAAAUCACUUUUGCACAGUUCUGUUUAAACGUGAUUCCCUGAUACAUUUUCGAACAUGACAUUGAAACAUUGAAAAAAGUUUUUUGCUCUGUGUGAUACAUAUUUGAACAUGUGUAAUGUUGAAACAGGGUAGUUUUUAUACACAAUGAAAAAUGCUGUUCAAAUGAUAUAUACUUUGAGUAUGUUGAGAUAUAGCGGUUAGAAGCUUUUUGCACAGUGCAUUGUUUGUUUGUUGUGGUAGAAAUGCUUGUUGUUUGGCACCAAACCCCUCCACUGAUAACUCCUGUGUUCGUAUGUGCAAUCUUUGCUACUGAUGGAAAUAAAAUUGAA